UUACGUAUAUCGGGCACCACGUAAGAACAAACGUGCCACGACGUCACGUUUCCUCGCUCGGUCCGGCAUCGGCGAUCCUCCGGAUUCUCAUUAAUUUCUUCCUGGCGUCGUUCAUUGCUCGUUAACCCGUUUAAUUUGUCAAUCGAUGCGGGAGUAAAUAUUCUCCAGAUCGUGUUGUGUCUUUUUCGAGAUUGUAAUGUUUCAUGUCGCGUGAUUUUCGGCGCGAUUCGGGCGUAACGGUCAAGCAUUCGUUGAAGAUACGCGCGCGUCCUACACGAUCUUACCGCGUGGGAUUUGGAUAUUCUCCCAUCGGUCUCAUAUUUCCUUUCUUAUCUAAUAAUUCUUGGCAGAAAAUUUAUUACGGAAUAUCGUGGAGUGUUUUGAAGGAACGCUGAGUAUAGACGUUUAAUUUCAAUCGUUGACGUGGUCUAGCAAUUUUAACGUUAUCUCUAUUUGUCUGUAUUUUUAAUUUGUCGGGUGGUUCGUAUCUGUAUGAUGCCAUACAAAGGCAAUUUAGAGAAGCCGGUCUAGUGCCACGUUGUCUAUUCUUUAUACGUUAUCGUGUCCAGUCAGUAAAAGGGGUCACCAUAAGAUUAUGGUACCGAAAAGAAAAGAAAUCGAGUGAAAAGCGGGAAAGUCUGUUUAAAUAGCGAGUAACGUGGAGCAACAUCGAAGAAGGACAUUGCGCACGUAGCGCCGAGUUUGUACAUCACGCCCAGAGUCUUUAACAAUGUCAAUGAGCACCCGAGUAUUCGUUGGUGGAUUAACGUACCGGGUGAGAGAGCGCGACCUUGAGAAGUUCUUCCGGAAAUAUGGUAGAGUCAAGGAGGUCGCUAUGAAGAAUGGAUUUGCGUUUGUGGAAUUUGAUGAUUACAGAGAUGCUGAUGAUGCCAUUUAUGAGCUUAAUGGAAAAGAGCUUUUAGGAGAAAGAAUUACUGUACAGAGAGCUCGGGGGACGCCUAGAGGUAGUGACCAAUGGCGUUACGGUGAUUCUCGUGGUGGUUAUGGAGACUCGAGGCGAUCUGCCCGAGACGAUAUGCGACACGACAGAGAUAGUGUGAACAGAAACACGAGGACUGCAUCUAGCUACAAGCAAUCAUUGCCCAGAUACGGACCACCGACACGCACAGAGUAUCGUCUGACCGUGGAGAAUCUCUCGAGUCGUGUAAGCUGGCAGGAUUUGAAGGAUUACAUGAGACAAGCCGGCGAAGUAACAUACGCAGACGCACACAAGCAACGAAGAAACGAAGGGGUCGUGGAGUUCGCCACGUACUCGGACCUCAAGAACGCGAUCGACAAGCUGGACGACACCGAGCUAAACGGACGUAGGAUUCGGCUAAUCGAGGACAAGAGACGCGGACGUCGCUCCCGGUCGUCGAGCUCGAGAUCGCAGUCGCGAUCGCGAUCUCGAUCCCGACGUCGCUCGCGUUCCCGCUCGAGGAGCCGCCGCAGCUCUCGUAGCCGUAGUCGCCGCAGCAGCCGUUCCAAGUCCAGGGCACACUCGAAAUCCAAAUCAAAGUCCAAAUCCAAGUCUCCCGAGCGCAGCCGCUCUCGUUCCAAGUCCAAGUCCAAGGCUGAGAGGUCGAAGUCCAGGUCGCAGUCCAAGCCCAAAGCCAAGUCCCCCUCGAAGGACAGGAUGAGCUGGGAACGAUCGGCCGAUGGGAGGUCCAGGUCACGCUCGGGCAGCAAACACAGCAAGAGUCGCAGUCGGUCCAGGUCGCCCAUGAACGGGGACAAAUCGCCGGACAACAAGAAGGACGACUGAACGAGUGAACCGACCAAGAAUCGCGACACGAUCGAGACCCUCCGUUCGAUCGUCUCUUUUUCUUAUUCCGUUUAUUUUCUUUCUUUUUCCGUAUGAUAUAUUCGUCGUAAUCGAGACGAGUUAGUUUCGUCCGAGGCAGGAAGUCGACCGAUCGGUCAGGACUCCCCGGCAAGGACCUCGGUUGUCUUUCACCGAUCGGGAGAUUCUUUCUUCAUCUUUUUUUUUUCUCAUCGAACCGCCAUCGAACGCGAGAAAGUACGCUAAGAGAUAUAUAGGAGCAAUCGGCUAACAAUCAAACAUCCGCGCGUUAUUACUUUUCUCUUCCUUACUUGUAUCUUCUCCUUUUUUUUUUUUUUCUUCUCUUCUCGCGCUCAUGGAGAACCAACUCGGGCGUUGGUUUUUUAUCGGUGGGGGUACGCGUACGUCGGAUUCACGACGUUCACGGAAAUUACGAGCCGACACUGCACGCAUUUAGACGACUAAGGUUUCUUCAUUCGUACCUCGAACGAACUCUACGCGUUUUCGACGUAUCGCCGUAUAACAUAAGGAGUUCCCUUGUAAUGGUUUUUGUAUAUAUUCCUAAUAAUUACAUUACUGUAAGAGAGGA